AUGGGGAGCCGCGUUUCUCGGGAAGAUUUUGAGCGGGUCGACACCGAUGAGCCGCAUGCACAGAGGAGGCUCGAGAUCCUGGCAAAGUAUCCAGAGAUAAAAUCCUUGAUGAAGCCUGACCCCAACCUGAUCUGGAUCAUAACUGCGAUGGUUCUCACCCACAUAGCUUCCUUUUACUUAGUGAAAGACUUGGAGUGGAAAUGGGUCCUAUUUUGGUCCUUUGUCUUUGGUAGCUCCAUUAACCACUCAAUGACUAUGGCUAUCCAUGAGAUUUCCCACAAUUUCCCCUUUGGCCACUACAGGGCGCUGUGGAACCGCUGGUUUGGAAUGUUUGCUAACCUCCCUUUUGGGAUUCCAUAUUCGGUUUCCUAUAAAAUGUAUCACAUGGACCAUCAUCGGUACCUCGGAGUGGAUGGCAUCGAUGUGGAUGCUCCUUCUCAUUUUGAGGGCUGGUUCUUCUGCACCACCUUCAGGAAGCUUUUCUGGGUUGUUUUCCAGCCUUUGUUUAUUUUCCUUCGACCUUAUUUUGUCAGUCCCAAACCAGUUACUUCUCUGGAAACUAUCAAUAUUGUGGCCCAGAUCACUUUUGACAUUAUAGUUUACUAUGUUUGGGGAAUCAAGUCUCUAGUCUACAUGUUGACAGCCUCUCUAUUUGGCCUGGGUUUGAAUCCAAUUUCUGGGCAUUUUAUAGCUGACCAUUACAUGUUCUUAAAGGGGCAAGACACCACCUCAUAUUAUGGGCCUUUGAACUUCCUCAUGUUCAAUGGGGGCUAUCAUAAUGAGCACCAUGACUUCCCCAGUAUUCCUGGAAGCCGCCUUCCGCAGGUGAGGAAAAUAGCAGCGGAGUACUACGAUAAACUCCCCCAUCACAGCUCCUGGAUCAAAGUACUGUAUGAUUUUGUGAUGGAUGACACCCUGAGUCCCUACUCACGGAUAAAGAGGCCUCCAAAAGGAAACGAGAUUCUGGACUAA